AGAUAAUAGACGGAACUACAAAGUAUUUUAUUUCUGAUAAUAGUGAUCCUCCUAAUGCGGAUGGUAAUGACUCGAAUAUCUCCGACUCAGAAAACUAUAAAACUGACUCUAACCAUAACGAAGAUGUUCAUAUGGAAUCCUUAAUGAUAGAAAUGAGUCAAGAAGAAGCUAAUGAUCCUUCAAAUGACGACGAAGUCUCGUAUAAGGGAGAAAGUAAAGCUGACAAAAGUCGACCUCAGAUAAAAUAAAGAUAAACAUGAUGAAGAUAUAUGUACUGCGCAAGGCAUUUCUGGCGACAAUACUAAUGAAGACACUAUCAGCACAGACAAGAAUUAUGGAAGUGAGCUUGACAAAAAUGACAGUGGGCUCAAUGACAUAUCAUAUCUUUUGGGUGAUACAGCUCAGCCAACUGCAGUGUUAAAGUAAUGAUCUAAACAAGCUCUCUGAUAUUAUAACCCAUUAGAUUUACUUAUAACCACGAAUGGAUACUUAAUUCCUCUUCUUGUAGCCUUGGCUUACCAUAAACAAUGCAGUUUUACCCCUAGUAAACAUUUUCGAUCUUUUAGCAAACUUUUUAUCCAUUCAAAUUCCGAUAUUGUAGAAUUCAAUUUCCUCGAUGCUAAAAUUCUGGUUAAUCCAUUCAGAAAAGGAGAGCUUCCUUUCCAAGACCAUGGUAAUCCUUCCGAAGAAGAAGACAAGGAAAUGUCUGAAGAGAAUAUACCUUUGGAAGUGAAGGAGCCCGGUGAUCACACAAAAAUGAAAUAGAAUUGCCAACCGACAGUGAAGAGCAGUGAAGUGAAGUUAUUUUCCAGAGAAUACAAAAACCAAUUUAAAUCUUUUUGAAGAUGAAGAGGUGCGAGAGUUUUUAAGAAACGUUGAUGAUCCACCCUAUCACAUUCCCCAAGAUCUCGCAGCUGAUAUCCGGGCCGCUUACCCUAUCCUUCACUCCAUCUACACUCGAGCUCUAACCUACGGCCACUCGCACACACUUAAAAUACUGAAGGAACUUGGGAUCUAUGAGGAAGGAACUAUAGCUGGGAAAGUUAGAGCGAUGGAUGAAGAGAAGAUGGUACAACUUGUGUCAGCGGUGUUUAGAGAAAAUGGAGGGAUAUCUCGUUUAAAGAAAAAUGGGAUUAGCACUACUCCAGAGCAUUUAAGUCUCAAUGUUUGGGUGGUAUUUAGCUUAAUGAAGAGAUAUUCUGAUUUUAAGUAUACCACCAAACACUUUGACUUAAAUAGUGAUUCUAAAGAAGAAUUCUUAAAAUUCCUAGGAGAAGAUAAAGCCUUAUCUGAACAAAAAGAAUUCAGUGAGUUGAAGCUGAAAUCUCUUCUAGGUCUUAUUGACUUUGAAUCUUGGUGAUUUUUACCUUCAUCACUCCAUUAAAAAUUAAAAUAAUAUAGUUUCACACUUA